CUUCCUUCCAUUCGCCCUGCGCCCUCAACGUCUCCUCCUCGGUGUCCGACCCGUUCUUUUUGCGGCUUCCAGGGCUCCCCCUACUCGGGCCUUUUCCGUCUCGUGAGGACGUUCGGGAGCCACGACCCAGGGCUGCCGCCGGGGUGUGGGUCUCCGGCACCGACCAGAUCUGUUGAUAAAGACUCAAGACCAUAAAAUUUAAAUGACCAAAAUGGAUAUCCGAGGUGCUGUGGAUGCUGCUGUCCCAACCAACAUUAUUGCUGCCAAGGCUGCAGAAGUUCGUGCGAACAAAGUGAACUGGCAGUCUUACCUCCAGGGUCAGAUGAUUUCUGCUGAAGAUUGUGAAUUCAUUCAAAGAUUUGAAAUGAAGAGAAGCCCAGAAGAGAAGCAAGAUAUGCUUCAAGCUGAAGGCAGCCAGUGUGCUAAGACAUUCAUAAAUCUGAUGACUCAUAUCUCCAAAGAGCAGACGGUUCAGUACAUUCUAACUAUGGUUGAUGACAUGCUGCAGGAGAAUCACCAGCGUGUUAGCAUUUUCUUUGAUUAUGCAAAACGUAGCAAGAACACUGCCUGGUCCUACUUUCUGCCAAUGUUGAACCGGCAGGAUCUCUUUACUGUUCAUAUGGCAGCAAGAAUUAUUGCCAAACUAGCAGCAUGGGGAAAAGAAUUGAUGGAAGGCAGCGAUUUAAAUUACUAUUUCAACUGGAUAAAAACUCAGCUGAGUUCACAGAAACUGCGUGGUAGCGGUGUCGCUGUUGAUAUUGGAACAGUCUCUUCAAGUGAUAGUUCUCAGUACGUGCAGUGUGUUGCUGGGUGUCUUCAACUGAUGCUUCGAGUCAAUGAGUACCGCUUUGCCUGGGUUGAAGCAGAUGGGGUGAACUGCAUAAUGGGAGUUUUGAGUAACAAGUGUGGCUUCCAACUCCAAUAUCAAAUGAUAUUUUCAAUCUGGCUCCUGGCGUUCAGUCCUCAAAUGUGCGAACACCUGCGGCGCUACAACAUCAUUCCUGUUCUGUCUGACAUCCUUCAAGAGUCUGUCAAAGAGAAAGUAACAAGGAUUAUUCUUGCAGCAUUUCGUAACUUUUUAGAAAAAUCAACAGAAAGAGAAACACGCCAAGAAUAUGCUCUGGCGAUGAUUCAGUGCAAAGUACUGAAACAGCUAGAGAACUUGGAACAGCAGAAGUACGAUGAUGAAGAUAUCAGUGAAGAUAUCAAAUUUCUUUUGGAAAAACUUGGUGAGAGUGUCCAGGAUCUUAGUUCCUUUGAUGAGUACAGCUCCGAACUUAAGUCUGGACGGUUGGAAUGGAGCCCUGUGCACAAAUCUGAGAAGUUUUGGAGAGAGAAUGCUGUGAGGUUAAAUGAGAAGAAUUAUGAGCUCUUGAAAAUCUUAACCAAACUUCUGGAGGUGUCUGAUGAUCCGCAAGUUUUAGCUGUUGCAGCUCAUGAUGUUGGAGAGUAUGUGCGGCAUUACCCACGGGGCAAACGGGUUAUUGAACAACUUGGGGGCAAGCAGCUGGUAAUGAACCACAUGCAUCACGAAGACCAGCAAGUCCGCUACAAUGCUCUGCUCGCUGUGCAGAAGCUGAUGGUGCACAACUGGGAAUAUCUUGGCAAGCAACUGCAGUCUGAACAGCCUCAGACCGCUGCUGCCCGAAGCUGAACUGCGCUGGCACCUUUGAAUCCCAGCUUUACCAUUUCACCGGUUACCACUACCUAGAGGGGAUCUCAGUAUUUGCAGUCCAAAAUAAAUCAUUCUACCUGUACUUUGCUUCUGUUCUGUAGCUUUUUCCUGUGCAGCUGAUUUCAGUUGAAAAGUUUGCAUAUUAUAUUGUAUAAAGGUAGUUGCUUUCCAUAUCUAAGGAAAAUACUAUUGUUACAUGCAAUGCUUGCAGUUGCUGUAUUUAUUGUUCUCUGGAAAUGAAUAUAAUCAUUAAAAGGUUCUUACUCCAA